UUCCAAAAUGGCCGCGUUUGAUCGUUCCUGUCUCCGCGUUGAACUCGAGUGUUGUGACGAGUGAGGGGACCGAUCGAGAAUACAAUAGUGCCGAAAACCGGACUCGCGAUAGAAUGAAUCUCGGGGUAAAUGUUACCGCGGUACUCGCGAUUCUUUGCCUGGUUCUACUUCAGCGAGCAACCGGACUCCUCCGAAGAUGCGUAAAUUGCAGAUCGAGAGGAGAUUUAGGAUCGUGCAAAGAUCCGUUUACUAUGAACUCGACGGAGAUCGAAAUGGAGAAAGGUGUAGAUGCUGUCCUUUGCGCGUCUGGAUGGUGCGGUAAAAUAAUCGAAAGACAGGGUAUAAAUAAUGAAUACGGUACUGCUACGCAAAGACUUUGUUUCCAACGCGGACCUGAUGAUGGCGAGGAGAGAUGCGCCUACACAGUAUGGAGUUACAAAAAAGUGUACAUGUGUCUUUGUUUCGGGGAUUUGUGUAAUGGAACAACGACACCGAGCAUUCCCAAUGGGUUGAUUUUUACAACACUUUGCAUUCUCUUACGAUGGUUUGUUUCGAAAUGUUAGAACGUAAUCGAAUCU